UCUUGGCACUUUGCUCUUCAGUGUGGCUUGUUCACUCUGUUCAGAGACAAUUCUUAGAGCUGCCUCCACAAUCAAUCAGAGCAGAGUUCUUUGCUUCUUCUCAAACUUUCACCGCCGCUACUAUCUCAUAACUGUCUCACUCUCAGCCAACGCGACUUUCACCGAAUCGGAGAUUAGCGACAGAGAGAGCAUGGGGAGGGGAGAAUUGGAAAGGUAGAAGACUGCGAGCAUUUAGUGGAGAAGGUUGAAAUUGGAUCUAUUUAUGGUAGGGAGAAUGGAUGAUGAAUCUUAUGGUGGUUCUUUCUGGAUGGAGGAAAUUAAUGGGAAGGUCCAGACACCCGUGAGGAGGAAAAGGAAAUACAGGACAAAGAAAAAGGAAUUUCAUGGAUGGGGAUCGGCUUCCCUUAUUUUGUUUCUCCAAUCCAUUGGUAGAGAUACAGACAAGGAGAUAGCUCAAAGCGAGGUUGCAAAUAUUGUAAUGGAGUAUGUUAAGCAGAAAAAUCUCUUUCAUAAAACAAAAAAGAAGAGAAUUGAGUGUGAUGAGAAGCUUCACUCGCUGUUUAAAAGGAAGACCAUUAGCCGGUUGAAAAUCAAUGACUUGCUUGAGUCACACUUUGCGGAGAAUUGUGAGGAAUCCUCUAAUGAUGUUUAUUUUGACUCAGAAGAGGAUGACGCCUUUCCAAUGUGUGAAACCCCGAGAACAGCACCUUCAGAGAAGAGGAGUCAACUGAAGAAACCGGUUUUUGAAAAACCGAGGAGCUGUUUUGCUGCUGUUGUUCCUGCCAAUAUCAAGCUUGUUUAUUUGAAGAGAAGUCUAGUUGAGAAGCUUCUAACUGACCCUGAAACUUUUGAAACUAAAGUGGUUGGAAGCUUCGUAAGAAUCAAAAGUGACCCAAAUGAUUACCUUCAGAAAAACUCACAUCAGCUUUUGCAAAUCACAGGUAUGAAAAAGAGUUCUGAAGUAAAUGGGGAAAUUCACCUUCAGGUUUCUGGUUUCUUUAAGGACAUCAGAAUUCAAAUGCUUUCAGAUGAUAAUUUCUCUGAGGAGGAGUGUGAGGAUUUGCGCCGAAGAGUGAAAGAUGGCUUGGUCAAGAGACCUAUGACUGUGGAUAUGGAGCACAGAGCAAGAGUAUUGCAUGAGGAUAUGACUAAGCAUUGGCUUGCUAGAGAACUUACUCUGCUACAAAAUCUCAUUGAUCGAGCGAAUGAAAAGGGUUGGCGUAGAGAACUGGAUGAAUAUCUACAAAGAAGAGAGAAGCUUCAGAGACCUGAUGAGCAGAAACGGUUAUUGUGUGAGUUUCCUGAAGUUAUUGCAGAUGAUCAAGAAACAGAAUCUACCACUCCAGAUGAUCGAGAUAAAAAGGUAGAAAACAAUUUACAGGAGUUCUGGCAGGCCGCAUGUACAAAAUCAUCUUUAGUGACUGAGGACGCAAAGGCAGUUACAAAUGCAAAACUGGAUAUUGCUGAUCUUGUAAAACCACAAAACAAUUCACCAAAGUCCAUUCCCAUUCUGCGAAUAUCACCAGAUGUUCCUCUUUUGGAUUUCACAAAGAAUAGCUCUAUUUCGAAUUGCGCUUCACAUGACACUACAGAGCACCAAUCCUGUGGCUUACCCGUCCAACAGAAGCCUGAGCAAGAAACAGACUUUGCAUAUAAGAAGGACGUGUCUAAGCCAACCAAAUCACAUGAAGCAAAGAUCUCUCAAUCACUGCCCGACAAACAGAUCUGGCCAUCUCAGAUUCAUACAAGCAGUGGCUUAUAUGUCCAACAGCUGCAAGAACAACCGAGAGACGCUGCAUAUAGAAAUGGCACACCUAAGCCAUCUCAAUUAGAUGAAAGGAAGAUAUCUCAAGCAUUUCCCAACAAACAGACAGGGCCAUCUCAAGUUGAGGUUUUAGAGCUAAGUGAUGACUUAUCUAUCCAACAGUCGACAGAGCAACAAACAAACUUAUCACAUAAGUAUGGCGAGUCUAAGCCAGCUGAAUCACCCGAAGUGAUGAGCUCUCAAGUAUUGCCCAGCAGACAGAUACAGGCAUCUCAGUUGGAUGUUAUAGAGCUAAAUGAUGACUUAGCUGAUCAACAACCGGAAGAGCAACAAAUUGACUUUGCAUAUAACAGUGGCAUGUCUAAGCCAGCUAAAUCACAUGAAGCGGAGAUCUCUCGAUCACUGCCCAGCAAACAAAUACAGCCAUCUCAGGUUGAGGUUACAUUGUCCAGCAAACAGAUACAGCCAUCUGAGAUUCAGGUUACGCUGCCCAGCAUACAAAUGCAACCAUCCCAGGUUAUAGAGCUAAGCGAUGAUGAUGAUGACGAAGAAGAAAAUGAAAAAGCAAGUAUUACAAAAUUGGUUCCCGCUGUGCAAUCGGAGGAUACCUUGAUGUGGCAUUACAGAGAUCCCACGGGUAACGUACAAGGACCAUUUUCCUUGAAUUCUCUUAAACGUUGGAGUGAUGCUGGGUACUUUAAUGGAGAUUUCAGGGUCUGGAAGUCAGGUGAUAGGCAGAAUGAAAGUGUAUUACUGGUGAAGAUACUAGCCCAAUUUUUUACCAUAUGAUCAAAUUUCUUUUGAUGCACGUUGUAAAAUGCUGCUCAGUUGUUUGUUUUGAUACCUGGGCAGCCAACAAAUAUACAACUUAACUGUAACUAAACUUUUGGUCUCUAAUUGAAUUAUUUUUCCUUCUC